AUGGCUCUCGCUUUGCCUUCGCUGCGGCCUACAUCCGCAUUCCGCACGGCAUGCGUGCGCCGUGCUGCACCCGGCUGGCAGGAACAUCAGGCGCGCCUCCACAGUCACCUACAGCCCCGUGCCGCCUUUGGCGUCGUGGGUGCCGCGGCCCUUGCGGCUGCACGAGGUCUCCGGCAGCGCCACAGCCGCUCCAGCAGGGCUUCAUGCACCCUCCGAGCUACCUCUUCUGCCCCGGACAACGUUGCGCUGGUCUUCGUCAAGCCUCAUGCCUGCACCCCUCAGGUGUUGGAGAUGCUGCCACGCUUCCUGGAGGGGCGGGGCGUCGAGGUCCUGCGCUCUGGAUCCGUAGCUGCUGAGGAGAUUGAGGCAGAGGGCAUCAUCGACCAGCAUUACGAAGCCAUCGCCAAGAUUGGCAUGGCUCGAAAUCUGGAUUCCUUGGGCUUGGGAAACGACGAGGCGGCGAAGUUUGAGAAAGGCUACGGCAGGAGCCUCUCAGAUGCCAUGUCGGCGGGUGAAGUCUGCAGUGCUGUGACCGCCAUGGAGAUCCUCCAAGUGGAGCCCGGUGAGCUGUUGCAACGCUGCCUCGAUGCCGGCUACGAGAAGCUCAGGUCUGGUCUUUACUGCGCCAAGCUUGGAGGCGGUGAAACCGGGCAGCUCUUUGUCUUGAACGGCUUCUACGCCCGCAUGCGUGAGAAGUUCACCAAAGCCGGAGUGGUCGUCCACUGGCACGUCGUCGGAUUCGAUUCGGCGAAGUUGCCCUGGAUGAAGUUCCGGAGCGAAGUCAUCGGCGCCACCAACCCGGUGGAUGCUGUCACGGGAUCCUUGCGGGCCAGGAUCCGGGACGAGUGGAAAGAUCUCGGUUUAGCGGCAGAGACCAACUAUCAGGAUAACGGUGUCCAUGCCAGUGCCUCGCCACUGGAAUCGCUGAGGGAGCGACAGGUGUGGCUCGGAGAAGACGUUUCUGUCGACGCCUUCG